UGGCAUACCGGCAACGUUUCUAUGGAGGGGGCCGAGGCACCGGAAGUGGCGGCGGUGGCCCGGGACUUGCAGGCCCUAGGGUAUGAAAACUUCCUGGAGGCGGCGGCGCUGGGCCCCUCGUGCCCAGACUUCAGGGCGCUGUGCGCGCGGCUGGCGGCAGAGCUGGCGACUCUGGGCGCCUUGGAGCGGGAGCGAGAGGAGGGCGCAGAGGCGCUGAGUGUCGGCGACGGCCCCAGCGCUGAGGAGGAAUUCCUGCGACAACUCUCCGGCCUGCUGCAGGAGCUGCAUUGCCCGGACCGCGCGCUCUGCGGCGCAGACUGUCGGACCGCGCUGCGGGAGCGGGGCUCGAGCCUGCGCCUUCUGCGAUUUCUCUGCACAGAGCUCCAGGCUGCCCGCCUCCUUAACCUGCAACCCCAGCCGGGUUCCACCCGGGCAACGCCGCCGCCUGGUGGGGAAGGGGCAGAGGAGGGAACUGGCAUGGUUCAGGAACUGGUCCUUAUCCUCCAAGCGCUGGGGCUGCCCAGACCUACGCAGGGAACCCUCGCCAGCAGGCUGCUGCAAGAGUUGCAUGCCAAGAUCUCAGAGCUGCUGCCUUCCCUGCCCCCAGGAUCCCUGCAGCCCCUCCUAAGCUACCCGCUGGAUGCACCCAGAUGGGAAGCGUUGGAGUCCCUGGGCCAAAGCCUUCGAGGUCAGUAUUGCUGCCGCCGCUGCCUCCUUCUCAAGCGUCUGGACCUGACAACAUCUGCAUUUUACUGGAGUGAUCGGGCAGAGGCCCUAGGGGAGGCCAUGAAGGCAGUGCUGAUCCCAGUUCGAAAGACUCUGACCCCAGAAUCAGAUGUCUCCAUUGCACACAUCCUGGCUGCCCGAGCUGAUCUGUCUCGUCUUGUCCCUGCCACAAGCAAGGAUGCCCGCCGAGGGACCUGCUGUGCCAUCAACAAGGUGCUUAUGGGCAACGUGCCAAACCGAGGGGGCCACCCAAAUGACUUGGAGGCUCCCAUGCCCAGCUGGCAGAGCAGAAGAGAGGCUGGAGGCUGGAGGAAGGCCGGCCGCCAGGGCUGGGGCCGGAAGAAGAAGAAGAAAUAAAGGGGGACUGGUGGUUGGGGUAGGGUCCUCUAUGAGAUGCUGACGCCAUUGACAAUCUCUGGGGAGCCGAUUUGAGGGUCUUUCUUGGUACCUGGCAUCCAGCCCACAUCUCCUGUUCCUGAGGCCCCAGUGUUCUCCCCCACCCACCAUUUAACACCAACGACCAUGUUCUCUGCAAAAUAAAUUUAAUU